AUGGCGCACGACCCUCCCACUGGCGCCCACCCACACACCACCUCCGCGUUGCCGCCCGCGCCAACGCUGCUGUCGCCCUUCCCCCACAAGGUCCUCACGGUCAUCCUGGCGGCAGCCAGCAACAACGCCCGCGUGACCUGCAUGCGCGUCAACUCCAUCUUCUACGACGUCGCUGUGCCGCACGUGCACCACACCGUCAAGGUGUUCAGGGGCAACGGCAGGGGCGACGAAGAGGACACCUUCCCUCUCACUGGACCCCACGCGGCCAAGCUCGCAAGUCACGUCCGCGUCCUCGACGUUGGAGAGCACCUCAUUGGAACGUGCCGUCACGCCCACACCUAUACGAGCUCCUUUCCUCGACUUCACAACAUGCACACUCUUCGCCUUCGCGUCCGCGAUACCCUGGACGACGGAACCGACGUCUUCCAUGUUUUCGAGGACGUUUACGAGCCACGCGUGUGCAAUCUCCUUCCACCCCUCCGCCCCCGCACCCUUGUUUUCCGCGGUACCGGGACGCAAACAGAGAAGUUGGGCAUUAUCGACGACCCCGAGCGCAUUAUGACUCGUGGCCCGCUCUCCUCAGUCCGUGAGGUCGUCGUCGUCUUCGAGCCCGAAGUCCAGAUCUACGACGAGGGCGUUGAAGUGGCAUGUUCACUCAGUCGCGUCAAGUUUGCUCACCCCGUCAAGUUCACAUUCGUCUUCUGGACCAAGAAGCGUGGCGACGAUUGGAUCCCGGCGCGCCUACACCAUCAUGUCGGAGACGACUACUACGACAGCGAGGACAGCGCCAGUGCCAAGAGCCAUCUCGAGGCCUGGUGGCUUUCGACCCUGGCUUUCCUCGACAUACUCUUCCAUCAACCCACGCCUGAGGGCGGAGCACCACUUCUCACGAUGGUCAACGCCGGUGCCAUACCCUCUGUCCACACUGUCCGCUGGACACUCCCUUCGUUUACCCCCGAGGACACGAAGCUCUCGCGCAAGGAGCUCCGCGGCAAGCUCAGCAUCGACGAGCGUGCGAUCAAGCUUGAGAACCGCUUCAAGGCUUGGUUCGACGGCGCUUGUGAUGCCCGCGCUCCCGGUGAUACGUACGACGGCAAGCCAUGGGAUCCUGCCACCCGCGACAAGGUGCAGAGCAUGCGUUUCUUGUCCAUGGACGAGUUUCUGGCCGAGCACAACGGCGACGUCUUUGACGAGGAGGAGCUGGCGGGGUGGCGGUGA